GUCAGUAGGCCAUGCCAAAUACUAUUUUAGGUCCCACUAUUAUAAUGCUAUAAAUUUUUGGCCUGCAGGGAAUAGAUUUGUUAGCAGGAGUGGAAGCAGUCAUAAGCCAUUAGUGGUGAAGGAUUUCCAGAUCCCUUGUGCUCAUGCACCUGAAUUGGCACCUCUUCCUCUAAGCUCAUCCUUAUUCCCAAGAUCUGCUGCAGAAGAGUGUACAGUUUCUGAGUGCCUGCGUAUCAAGCGUCGUCUGCGACCGGAGCAUAAAAUAAAACUCCCCUGUAUAAAUUCCUCUAUUCAUUUUCUCACCCUCUCAAACUUUCGCGCCCAAAAGAUGAGGUCUUCUACUGUCCAAACCCCUCAGAAAUCUGCCAUCCGUCGAUCGAAGGAGAAAUCCCACAAGAUCAUCGCAAAAUCCCUAAAUACAGAUUUCUUAGCUGCAUCCGAAGCCGAUCCGAUCGAUACUUCGUCCAUCUCAGCAAUCACAGAAGGAAAUCAGGAAACUGAUCUCUCCAAAAGCGGGCCGAAACCCUCGUUUUCAUCUCUGUCGGACGCUUCUGACCCGACCGAUGCGUUAGAAUCCUUCCCUACACCGUCGAUUACUGACGGGAAUCAAGUAUCUGGCGGAUCAGAGGUUUUCAAGACGGAGAAUGUGGACGUUCAGGUGGCCGUCGAUUUACUGCUCGCCGCUCGUUUCCAGGUCCUGAACUCUCCCAAUGUUGAUCUCCGAUCGAAGAAGCUUCUGGAUUGCCUGAUCAAGAGCGCAAUCGAGCCGUUGGGUUGGCUGCCAGAAGAGCAGGACAGGUUUUACGGGCUUCUCCAAGCGAAGGUAUGGAUCGGAUUACUCUGUGUUUUCAUAUGGAUCGUUUCGGUGUCAGUCGUCAUGGAUCGAGAUGCCCGAACUGGGACGGGAUUUCCUGGCAUGCCGCCUCCUACAUGACGGUUUCAAGGGACGACACGUGCGUUGCACGUGAGACUGAGGCUGAAAUGAGAUGACGCAGCGGUCAGAAAACAGAUGAUCGAUACACAUUAGCUCUCCGUUUUUUUUUUAAGCUCGAAAUUCAAGAUACUGAAAUUGGACCGAUCUAGUUUCGGAAGGUUGAAACCAGCGAGAAUGCGGUGAGUUGGGUAGAAUUCCCGAUAAAAAAUGAUGGAAACUUUGAUACUCUUGCAGUGUGUGAUGGGUGAUACACAGGGACUUUUACUUCAGAAAUUGCAUAGGUUAAGUACAUGUAAUUCAAAUAAAACUGUCAUAAUUGUGGGUCCC